CAUAACAAUUUGCCGAGUCCCUGUGCUUGGCAGUCAUUUAAAUUGUGCCUCCUCAGCAGUCCUUGACAGUGUUUAGUAGGAUCCGCAGAUCACAACGAUAAUGUUGAAUUUUAUUCGUGCUGAAAAAAAUCAAUUAAAAAAUAUUAUCUUAUCUAUCGAUAAUUGUCAUUGUCUUCAACGGAUUAAUGCAACAGUCGACGCCUACCAGUAGUGAGUUAAACAUGGAGAGCACUGGUACCACACAUGCGAAUAUGAAGCAUAAUUCGGGCGAAUUUCUGUGCCGAAUGUGCAAUAAAUCUUUUGCUUUCAAGAAAAAUUAUGAUGAUCAUCAUAUUGUACAUGAUGUUGAACAAAUUUGCGGGCCAGGAGUGGUGCUAUCUGUUCAGAAUGAUGUGUCCCCGGCCAAAAAACUGAAAAUACAUGCGUGUGACCAGUGUGACAAGUCUUACCAUCGCAAAGAUCACCUGACUCGUCACAAACUGGAGCAUACGGGUGAAAGGCCUCAUAUAUGCAUCGUAUGCCUGAAAUCAUUUGUACGGAAGGAUAAACUAACCAGGCAUGAAAAAAUACAUUAUAAAGAUAGCAGGAUACAAUUUAACUGCCCAGAUUGUAACAGGAAGUUCUUGAGAAAGGAUUCUAUGGAAAAACAUAGGAAAUCGCAUGGCGAGCAGGCCAUUAAAGGCAAGCCGAAAUGUACAUGUGCUGCCAAUGCGACGGCAGUUGAUAACACUGAAUCUGUUAAAAGUGGAGUAGUGUCAAGAGUUAAAAGUGGCGAUCUUAAAUCUGGAAAUGAUGUAAACAACAAAAGUGAAAGGAUUGGUCAAAGUAUUGUUCAUGUAACCAGUGGCUGUGCAGUAAGCACAGCAAAUAUGGUGAACAUUGCAAAUAGCGUGUUUAGUGCAACUGAUGCUGAUAAUGGUGAGGGAAAUACCCAUAUUGGAAAUGCAUCAAAUGUUUCAAAAAGUGCACAUGAAAGUAGUAGUGUUAACAAUAGGAAUAGCAUAUACAGUGGGAGUGCUGGCGGGAAUACAUUAAGCAUGUCAAAAAGCGAAGGAUAUAGCGAUAAAAGUGGAAAUAGUUUGCACAGUACAGGUGCUUAUAAGAGUGACUCGCAAGCUGAGGUUACUGUCAAAAGUGAAAUUGAAAAUUCUGCAGCCAUAGAUAGUGCCAUGAAGCAGUCCAGAUGUGAAGGCAGUGUAGAAAAUAUGCAGGUUCCACAACCUAGAGGACCAGCUGGCUAUUGGUUCGAUCCUCGACAGGGUCAUGGUCACCCUCAUUUUUUCAAUCCAGCAUCUGGAUUUACCCCAGAAAUGGACUUGAGGGUGAAUUAUCAUUGUCAGUUAAACUGUAAUACAGCUAAAAACUCAAGUGAUCAUGGAUGGUCCAAAUGACAGUUCUAAUAUGUGUGUAAUUGCAUGUUAUUUUUUUUCGUUGUUUUUAUUUUUUUAAAUGUAAAGUAGAAUGAAUUAGAGUUGUGGUGCAAUAUCCAAGGACGUUAUUUUGCAGGAUUUCUGCAUUGAAUUUUAUUUUUUAUUAAAGAGUCCCAGGUAUUCCUGAAAAAUGAGGGUCACUGGUUUGGUUGUGUACAUAAUAAUACUGAUAGAGCCUAGUACAUGUAUAUUGAGAUCAAUAGUCUUUUAGUAUGUCAAGACACUGAAAUUUUAAAAAUUUAUACAUUAAUGAAUGAAUGUCAUUUAGAUCUGCAUGGUGUUAGGGCUGUCAUUAAAAAUAUCAUCAAUAUUCAAAAAUCAAUAAAUAAUUCACAAUUUAGAAUAUCUAUAUAAUUUAAAAUCUUUUUGAAAAUAUCACUCUUCUUUGUCUCUGGAGAAAGUCACUAUUUUCCUUUUUAUCCGCCUGUUUUAAAAAAGGGCCGUAUCAUAGGAACGCCCCUGGAACAGUCCAUUCAUGGUUUUAAUUUUUGGAACUGUCCAUUUAAUUGGUUCAAGGAAAUUCAAUGUCAUAAUCCAUGUAUAAUAACAGUGUAAAGUCUGUUUAGAUUAACAAUGAUUUUAUAAUUAUAUAUAUCUAUACAUAUAUAUAAUUAUAAUAACAUUGUUAAAGGGAUAUUCAGGCAAAAUAAUGCAGAAAUAUUAAAAUUAUCUUAUGUACAAAUCACCCCAAAAUGACUUUUCUUGGAGUUUCAGCAUGAAUUUCUAUUUAAAUUCUAUAUAUUUUGGGUCUGCAGUGUAAAUAUACCUAUAUAUGUUGAACAAAAUUUAGACGCCAAUAGAAUCUCCAUAUAGUUUUAAAACCAGUCGGGUGAAUUGAACAAACCCUUGAAGUUACAAUAACAGAUAUUGUGGAUAUUGUAUGAUUGAAACAAGCCUAAGUUCUUUAACGUUUCCAGGGUUCGUUUUGACAAUUAUUGUGAAAUGCUAGCGCUCUAACCUGACCCACGCGGGUCAAGUUAGGAAACCACCAUUUUAUUCUUUAUAUGGAGAAAAGUUUUUUUCCUUUGACUGUCUAAUAUAUUCAUUUUGAGGGCAUUUACAGAAUAAUGAAAGAAAAAUUCAAAACUAAGAAAUGAAAAUUUUGCCUGGGUGUCCCUUUAAUAUUACUGGAAUAAUUUUUUUACCAAGACCUAUGUUACCAAUAGUUAUUUAGUAACAAGUUAGAUGUAUUUACUCUGUAAGAAAAUGCUAUCUAGAAUGCUUACUGUCUAUGCGAAAACAUUGAAACAAUUUAUUUUAUAAAUAUAAACGAAAUAUUUUUGAGAAAUAUUGUUGAAGUAAAAUGUGUAUUUUCAGUUUCAUUCUUUUCACUGUCAAAAUUUAUUUUUCACUGCAGUGAAAGGAGAUAUAAAAAAAAUGUUGUCAGGAUUUUUAUUUUUAAAAAUGGGGAAAAAUAAACUGGAGAGGGCAUUGAGACCCUCAUACCGAACUUUUGACCUAAAGAUCAUGAAACGAGGCCCUGAGACUAAUAUUUUUGUUUGUUUUGUUGGGGUUUUUUUGUUGUUUUUUUUUUUUCAUUUAAAAAUUAAAUAAAAAGAUACACUACAUGACAGUGUAGCUGAAAUGUUUGGUAAGCUGACUUUGAACCACUUUUCUUUAGAUGUUUCAGUGGGUUUGAAUCCCACCAAGAAUGUUGCUUCCUUAUAUUUGAGGAUGCUAUCCAGCUAGCAGGUCAGUAUUCUUUUCGUUGCCCCGAUUGUGUCAGUGUUUUAGGUUUAUAUACAAUGUACACUGGCAAUGUGAUGUUCAGAAAUUUAUAUCAUUGAUAGAGCCCAAUGUUUGUAUUUUAUUUGUUACAAAAAUGUAUAUAAUAAUCAUAUUGUUGUGUGACUUUAUAAUAUUUUAUAUUGUAAUUUGUAGAGUGGAAGACUUUUUGUUAGUUGAUAAUGAUUUUGUACUGUGUACUUUUUUUUAAAAUUUGAUACAUACUAUGUACAUGUAAGGUUUUCAUAACCUUUUACCAAAUAUACGUUUGUAUCUUGUUAAUGUAUUUAAUUUUAGAAGAUAUAUCAUUUAAUUAAUACACAAUAUAAUUGACAGUCACAUAAUUGAGCCGUGUCACGACAAAACCAACAUAGUGCGUUUGCGACCAGCAUGGAUCCAGACCAGUCUGCGCAUCCGUGCAGUCUGAUCCGGAUCCAUGCUGUUCGCUAUCAGUUUCUCUACUUUAAUAGAUUUGGUAAGCGAACAGCAUGGAUCCUGAUCAGACUGCGCGGAUGUGCAGGCUGGUUUGGAUCCAUGCUGGUCGCAAACCCAUUAUGUUGGUUUUGUAGUGACGCGGCUCAUAUGAAGUUGAAAUUUUCAAAAUAUGAAAGUUUUACACUGGGAAACAUAGGACAUCCUUUAUUCUUGUGUCAGAAUUCAAUGUGGCUGUACAUGUACCUGUAUUUGUGAAAAGACAAUAAAAAACAACUUCAUGUGUAAAUUUCUUUUUCUUUCUCAAAAUCAAUUAGUUGUAUUUGUAAACUAAAACUACAAUGUACAUGUAUAUUGCUUGAACCAAAGGUAUCCUAUAUAUAUUAUUAUUAAACAGGGAUUUUUUUUUGGCUUAUUUUAUAGCCGUUAUUGGGUCAUAUUCUCGAUUGAAAAUAGUAUAUUAUUUUCCCAAUUCACAGGAAAAAUUCCCAAUUGAAAGUUACAAAAUAAAAAUAUUGAAUAAAAAAUUCUAAAAUCUUUUAAAAAUAAGGGCUUUUUCAAUGUAAUAGUGCUUAAAUGUUUGAAGAUGCCAUCCUAGACAGUGAUUGUUUGCAUUCAUUUAAUCACUGCAAAAUUUCAGUCAUACAUUUUCCCCCAAUUUUUAACAAAACAUCGCUAAAAUUCCCAAUUCCAUGGGUAUGGGUCAUAUUCCCAAAAUCCCAGAAAAAAAUGCCUGAUAUAUCCUAACCUUAGUGCAGUAACGGGUUAACUCCUAUGAAAUUAUAUAAGGUGUUAAUCCAUUACUGCACAAAAGUAUACUUAGUCUAGUAUAUAUAUUUAUGUGUAGAUAUACUUAUUUGAAUUGUACAUGUAUGCAUAUUCAGCAAUUUUCUAACCAAUAUAUGAUUUAACCGCAGGUCUUCAGAUUUUUCUUACUUGUUUUGAAGUUGGGUCUUGUUCCCAAUCUCAUCAAAGUUUUAUUUUUUUCCCAACUUUAAGGACAAAAUUCUCAAUUCAAGAAGAAGAAAAAACAAGCAAAAUGUAAAGAAUAUUUAAACUGUGCCCAAGCAAAUUGAAUUUUUGCAUUCUAAAUUUGAAAACCCGCUUUUAAGUGAAAUAUUGAAAAGAGUUUAAUGAAUCCAGUAUUUGAUUGUUCUGUUUCAUUUGACAUGAUGUAUGAUAUGGUGUGAUUUUUUCCAAUUUUGUCUGAAACUGGUGAGAAAAAUUUGAGGAGAAAAAACCUGUUACAAUGAAUAUUCUUCUGGUCCUAUUACAGGAAGUACUAAGCAAAUAUAUUUUAGGAUUUUGUAUUAUGUUCCAUGACAAAUCUUAGACAGGUUCUAAAUUUAACUGUUUAACAUGAGCCUAUUUAAAUGAAAACUAAAAAAAAGUGUUUUGCAUGAUGUGCUAUUAAAUAUUUGUAGAUGGUACAUGUACAGUAUAAAUAUAACUUUAUCAAGUAAAAUUUUCCUGGAAA